UUUCAACAAGUUUAGACCGAAAAAUGGCAAAUUACCUGCAACUUGUGCUUUUUUAUUCCGUCAUUCAUUUCGCUGUAUCGCAAAUGGCUAACUCUUCCACGGAUUCGACACCGAUAAAUAAAUGUUUGUUCAGUUCCGAUGUAGUGAAGUGCAUUCAAAAUAAUAUUUUCGUGGCUAUGGACAGUGCUAUUCAGGAUAAUAAAACGUGGUACCUUAACGACUAUGUUGCAAUCGAACCGAAUCCUCCCAAAGAAUUUCAAAGUCGAAGUGAUCAUGACUCUACGUUCAUGGGGAAACUAGAGGAUUUAGUUCAGUCAAAACACAUCCAAUUCAGUUUGAAUCCACUCGAAGAAGCAGGUAGAGCAGGAAGACGUAGAAAGAACAAACACGGUGGCGGUAUGUUUCUGAUGAGUGGUUUGGCUGUAGCAGCUGUGGUUAUUCAGAUGGUAUUGGGAAAAAUUGCGUUUGUCGCCGCCGCAGCAUUGAUUCUGGCAAAGAUAGCACUAUUCGUUUCGACAACGAAAUCUCAACAUGCAACGACCAAUUCAAGUAACGAUCAUGUAAUUUAUACUGAGCCCGUUGAUCACUACAGCGAGCAUCACAGUAGUGGGCCGUCGAGCGGAUGGCAGCGUAGCAUUCUACCGUUGAGGGACAACGUUUAUGAUGAUACAGAAUUACAAAUUGAAGAUUAUAGAGGUGGCAAGAGACGAUUCCGAUAAAUCGGCUUUAGUGUGAACUUCAAUGACGUGAAAACUUAGUUCCAUUCCGAUUUCACGUCAUUGGUGAAUAUUACAUUGAA